UAUCACUCGCUGGAUCAAUGUAAUCUCUUUGAAAUAUCGGAUUUCAACCGUGAUUUUUUUGUACGAUGAUUUUAUUUGUGUUGUUUUUGCGAGGUUACUUGAUUUACAGCAUAUUUUCUUUUGGUUCAUUUGGACUUACCAAUGGCGGCAGUAGCACGAACGUGAACCAGUGCUGGAACGUUAACGAAACGGACACUAUUGGCCAAAGUAUCAACCAGGGUGUAGAUAACAACGAAACCAAGACUGAGAUUGAAAACGUCACCGAGAACAUUAAGAAUAACGGAACCCAGGUUGAGGACGUCAGCGAAGAUUAUGGAAACAACGGGACCAAUAGCAAAACCGAGGAAGAGACUGAGAGCACAAGCGAAGUCAAUACGAUGGAGAACGAAAGUCAAAACAAUAUAGUCAAUGGAACUGAAAGUGAGAACACCAGUGAAAACGAUAAGAAAAACGCGACUGAUAUAGUGAGUAAAGAUGAGGCCGUCAGCGAAGACGAUAAAAAGAACGGGACCAAAAGCGAAAGCGAAGGUAUCAGCAACACAUUGAAUGCGACCGAGAGCAUAAGCGAAGCUAAUGACAAGGAUAAGGAUAAAGGGCCUGAAAUUGAUAGCGAAAGCCAAAACAAUACAGUCAAUGGAACUGAAAGUGGGAACACCAGUGAAAACGAUAAGAAUAACGCGACCGAUAUAGUGAGUAAAGAUGAGGCCGUCAGCGAAGACGAUAAAAAGAACGGGACCAAAAGCGAAAGCGAAGGUAUUAACAAGACAGAGAAUGGGACCGAGAGCAUAAGCGAAGUCAGUGAAAAGGAUGAGGGGGCCAAGAUUGAUAGCGAAACCCAAAACAAUAUACUCAAUGGAACUGAAAGUGAGAAAACCAGUGAAAACGAUAAGAAAAACGCGACUGACAUAGUGAGUAAAGAUGAGGCCGUCAGCGAAGACGAUAAAAAGAACGGGACCAAAAGCGAAAGCGAAGGUAUUAGCAAGACAGAGAAUGGGACCGAGAGCAUAAGCGAAGCUAAUGACAAGGAUAAGGAUAAAGGCUGCUGCAAAACAAUACAGUCAAUGGAACUGAAAGUGGAACACCACGAAGACAAUAAAAAGGACAAAAGCAAAGCGAAAAGUCAGAAUGGGACCGAGAACAUAAGCGAAGUCAGUGAAAAGGAUAAGGAUAAAGGGGCUGAAAUUGAUAGCGAAAGCCAAAACAAUACAGUCAAUGGAACUGAAAGUGGGAACACCAGUGAAAACGAUAAGAAAAACGCGACCGAGAUAGUGAGUAAAGAUGAGGCCGUCAGCGAAGACGAUAAAAAGAACGGGACAAAAGCGAAAGCGAAGCGCCAAAACAAUACAGUCAAUGGAACUGAAAGUGGGAACACCAGUGAAAACGAUAAGAAUAACGCAACUGAUAUAGUGAGUAAAGAUGAGGCCGUCAUCGAAGACGAUAAAAAGAACGGGACCAAAAGCGAAAGCGAAGAUAUUAGCAAGACAGAGAAUGGGACCGAGAGCGUAAGCGAAGCUAAUGACAAGGAUAAGGAUAAAGGGCCUGAAAUUGAUAGCGAAACCCAAAACAAUACAGUCAAUGGAACUGAAAGUGGGAACACCAGUGAAAACGAUAAGAAUAACGCAACUGAUAUAGUGAGUACAGAUGAGGCCGUCAUCGAAGACGAUAAAAAGAACGGGACCAAAAGCGAAAGCGAAGGUAUCAGCAACACAUUGAAUGCGACCGAGAGCAUAAGCGAAGUCAGUAGCAAUAGCAGUCAGAUUGGUAGCGAAACCCAAAACAAUAUACUCAACGGAACUGAAAGUGAGAACACUAGUGAAAACGAUAUGAAAAACGCGACCGAGAUAGUGAGUAAAGAUGAGGCCGUCAGCGAAGACGAUAAAAAGAACGGGACCAAAAGCGAAAGCGAAGGUAUCAGCAACACAUUGAAUGCGACCGAGAGCAUAAACGAAGUCAGUGAAAAGGAUAAGGGGGCCAAGAUUGAUAGCGAAACCCAAAACAAUAUACUCAAUGGAACUGAAAGUGAGAAAACCAGUGAAAACGAUAAGAAAAACGUGACCGACAUAGUGAGUGGUGAUGAGGUCGUCAGCGAAGACGAUAAAAAUAACGGGACCAAAAGCGAAAGCGAAGGUAUCAGCAACACAUUGAAUGCGACCGAGAGCAUAAGCGAAGUCAGUAGCAAUAGCAGUCAGAUUGGUAGCGAAACCCAAAACAAUAUACUCAACGGAACUGAAAGUGAGAACACUAGUGAAAACGAUAUGAAAAACGCGACCGAUAUAGUGAGUAAAGAUGAGGCCGUCAGCGAAGACGAUAAAAAGAACGGGACGAAAAGCGAAAGCGAAGUGAGUAAAGAUGAGGCCGUCAGCGAAGACGAUAAAAAGAACGGGACGAAAAGCGAAAGCGAAGGUAUUAGCAAGACAGAGAAUGGGACCGAGGGCAUAAGCGAAGCUAAAGACAAGGAUAAGGAUCAAGGGGCUGAAAUUGAUAGCGAAAGCCAAAACAAUAUAGUCAAUGGAACUGAAAGUGGGAACACCAGUGAAAACGAUAAGAAUAACGCGACCGAUAUACGAAAUAAGACAGAGAAUGGGACCGAGAGCAUAAGCGAAGUCAGUGAAAAGGAUGAGGGGGCCAAGAUUGAUAGCGAAACCCAAAACAAUACAGUCAAUGGAACUGAAAGUGAGAAAACCAGUGAAAACGAUAAGAAAAACGCGACUGACAUAGUGAGUAGUGAUGAGGCCGUCAGCAAAGACGAUAAAAAGAAUGGGACCAAAAGCGAAAGCGAAGGUAUCAGCAACACAUUGAAUGCGACCGAGAGCAUAAACGAAGUCAGUAGCAAUAGCAGUCAGAUUGGUAGCGAAACCCAAAACAAUAUACUCAACGGAACUGAAAGUGAGAACACUAGUGAAAACGAUAAGAAAAACGCGACCGAGAUAGUGAGUCAAGAUGAGGCCGUCAGCGAAGACGAUAAAAAGAACGGGACCAAAAGCGAAAGCGAAAGUAUCAGCAAGACAAAGAAUGACACCAAGAGUAUAAGCGAAGCUAAUGAUAAGGACAAGGAUAAAGGGGCCGAGAUUGGUAGCGAAACCCAAAACAAUAUACUCAACGGAACUGAAAGUGAGAACACCAGUGAAAACGAUAACAAUAACGCGACCGAGAUAGUGAGUAAAGAUGACUCCGUCAGCGAAAACGAUAAAAAGAACGGGACCAAAAGCGAAAGCGAAGGUAUCAGCAACACAUUGAAUGCGACCGAGAGCAUAAACGAAGUCAGUGAAAAGGAUAAGGGGGCCAAGAUUGAUAGCGAAACCCAAAACAAUAUACUCAAUGGAACUGAAAGUGAGAAAACCAGUGAAAACGAUAAGAAAAACGUGACCGACAUAGUGAGUGGUGAUGAGGUCGUCAGCGAAGACGAUAAAAAGAACGAGACCAAAAGCGAAAGCGAAGGUAUUAGCAAGACAGAGAAUGGGACCGAGGGCAUAAGCGAAGCUAAAGACAAGGAUAAGGAUCAAGGGGCUGAAAUUGAUAGCGAAAGCCAAAACAAUAUAGUCAAUGGAACUGAAAGUGGGAACACCAGUGAAAAUGAUAAGAAUAACGCGACCGAUAUAGUGAGUAAAGAUGAGGCCGUCAGCGAAGACGAUAAAAAGAACGGGACCAAAAGCGAAAGCGAAGGUAUCAGCAACACAUUAAAUGCGACCGAGAGCAUAAACGAAGUCAGUAGCAAUAGCAGUCAGAUUGGUAGCGAAACCCAAAACAAUAUACUCAACGGAACUGAAAGUGAGAACACUAGUGAAAACGAUAAGAAAAACGCGACUGAUAUAGUGAGUAAAGAUGAGGCCGUCAGCGAAGACGAUAAAAAGAACGGGACGAAAAGCGAAAGCGAAGGUAUUAGCAAGACAGAGAAUGGGACCGAGAGCAUAAGCGAAGUCAGUGAAAUGGAUGAGGGGGCCAAGAUUGAUAGCGAAACCCAAAACAAUAUACUCAAUGGAACUGAAAGUGAGAACACUAGUGAAAACGAUAAGAAAAACGCGACCGAUAUAGUGAGUAAAGAUGAGGCCUUCAGCGAAGACGAUAAAAAGAACGGGACCAAAAGCGAAAGCGAAGGUAUUAGCAACACAUUGAAUGCGACCGAGAGCAUAAACGAAGUCAGUAGCAAUAGCAGUCAGAUUGGUAGCGAAACCCAAAACAAUAUACUCAACGGAACUGAAAGUGAGAACACUAGUGAAAACGAUAAGAAAAAUGCGACCGAGAUAGUGAGUAAAGAUGAGGCCGUCAGCGAAGACGAUAAAAAGAACGGGACGAAAAGCGAAAGCGAAGGUAUUAGCAAGACAGAGAAUGGGACCGAGGGCAUAAGCGAAGCUAAAGACAAGGAUAAGGAUCAAGGGGCUGAAAUUGAUAGCGAAAGCCAAAACAAUAUAGUCAAUGGAACUGAAAGUGGGAACACCAGUGAAAACGAUAAGAAUAACGCGACCAAUAUAGUGAGUAAAGAUGAGGCCGUCAGCGAAAGACAAAAAGAACGGGACCAAAAGCGAAAGCGAAAAAGCAAGACAGAGAAUGGGACCGAAACAUAA